GGCAGGAGGAGUACAGACCUGAGAUGAUGGCUCCAUCAUAACCCCAGCCAUGGGGGAAUUUAAGGGAUUGCAGGCCUGGGAGAUUUGAACCAUCUUUCUCCAAUCAUGGGCUGUCUAUGUGGGGUUAUUAAAGCCAAAGAAAUCCCUGUGGAAGAAGAACCAAACCCACAAAAGAUAAACAAAAAGUCAAAAUCCAUACCUCUGCCUGCUCCAAAGUUCAAGAAAACACUACCACUGCCAAAACUACCAUCCAAGACUCCUUCUUACAAAAAGCUGGCAGCCAAAAAGAUCCAGGCCUGGUGGCGAGGCACCCUGGUGCGACGCACACUGUUGAAGGCUGCCCUCAGUGCUUGGAUCAUUCAGUGCUGGUGGAGAAAGAUUCUGGCCAGAAAGCUGGAGAAGAGACGGCUGUUAGUCCUGCACUUGAUGGCACAAGAAACAAGGGCCUGUGUCACUAUUCAGUCGUGGGUCCGAAUGCUGCAAAGCCGCCAGCAGUAUUGCCGUUUGCUUUACGCUACCCACGUCAUCCAAGUGUCAUGGCGCUGGUAUAACUGCCAUACCCGUGGCCUUUUCCAGGGUAGCUAUGAACUUACAGGGAACCAACUAAGUCUUCAGCUUGACAUCUUUCUGGGAUCCCAGAUUUGUCGUAUAUCAGACUGCAUACCCUUGCCAAUAAAGAACUGA